GUGCUUCUGAUCAUAAGCGGAAACCUGAGUUUCCUCAACUGGCUAACCAUCGUGCCCAGCAUCGCCUGCUUCGACGACGCCAGCCUGGGGUUCCUCUUCAGCUCCCGGCGAGGAGGGGCGAAGGAGCGGGUGGUGCAGAUGCAGCUCAAAGAGGCAGCCGGGGAGCAGCUUCCCCUGGGCUGCUAUGUCCGCAAAGUGGUGAACAUCUCCUUUGGCCUCCUGAUUGCUUAUCUCAGCAUCCCGGUUGUCCUAAACCUGCUCAACUCCAGACAAGUCAUGAACACCUCGUUCAACCCUCUCAGAAUAGUGAACACCUACGGAGCUUUCGGGAGCAUUACAAAGGAGAGAACAGAAGUCGUCCUUCAGGGGACGUCCAGCCUGGAUCCCAAUGACCCUGCUGCUGUCUGGGAGGAGUAUGACUUCAAAUGCAAGCCUGGGGACUUGAAGAGGAGGCCAUGCUUUAUCACCCCCUACCACUACCGCCUGGAUUGGCUCAUGUGGUUCGCUGCCUUCCAGACCUAUGAGCAGAACGAAUGGAUAAUCCACUUGGCUGGGAAGCUGCUGGCCCAGGAAGAGGAGACCUUGUCCUUGAUGGCAACGAACCCAUUCGCGGGCAGAGCCCCCCCCCG